AUGAGCUCAAGACCGCAAGUUUAUUUUCAGUUCUUCUGUUGAGUUUAAGUUUUUUGAAGACUGAAUUGCUUAGUACGAUAGUAGUAUCACUAUUAGUUUAUAUAUUUUAAGUCAAACUGUAGGAUAAACAUGUUCCCAACUAAUCAUAAAACUAUAUUUGUGUUAGACCAUACUCCAUACUUUGGGAUAUCUUCAGACAAUCCCAUUGAUUUUGAUGUCUCAAAAAGCCGUGGUCCAGGUUAUGUGCCAUUGCCGUCAGUAUGUAAAUCUUUGUGGACCUGCAGUGUUGAGGCAGCUGUUGAGUACUGUCGUAUAGUUUGGGAUUUGUUUCCUGAAGGCAAAUUAGUUAGAUUUGUUGUAAGCGAUUCAGCUGCUCAUAUAUUAAAUACUUGGGCAAUAGCGCAGCAAAAUCUUACACAUGUUCUGAAUGGUUUAUGUCUAGUUGGUCCUGUUCGUCGUGGGGCUGGUGGAGAUGUGGUAGGAUUGUGUGCAGCUAUUGAAGCUCUUGCUGAACCUUCCCCUACACAAGCAGCUCAAAGACCUACAGACAUGCUCUUUCAGAAUCGUGGUCGAAUAAUUUGUAUAACAAGUGCCAGAGAUGAUGAUUCGAUUCGAAGUCUUGCAGAGAUAGCACUUAAUACAUUGAUCCCACAAAACAAAAAGGCAUCUACAGUACAGCCACCAACUACCACUGAUGCAUCAACUAGCACACAAUCUUUAGUAGUACACUAUUGUCACUUAGUAAUAAUUAAUGUUACACCAGAAAAAGCAGAUACAAGAGUAAACAAUCAGCCAGUUAUUGAGAUGGGCGGAGGUCUGAUGGGAGUUGAGGUUAUUGUCUGUCGUGCAAGUGCGUUAGCCAAUCUAUUGGGUCGUCUUGUAUUACCACAUUAUAGACUGGUCACCACCACCGUCACUGGAAUACCUAUGAAGGAAGAACAAAACGCAAGUUCGAGUGCCAAUUAUGACGUGGAAAUAAUACAUUCUGCUGAAGCUCAUGCCGGUCUCAGAGCGCUGCAAACAGCCGCAGAAUCCACUGAAUCUGUAGUUCUACGAUGGUGGACCCCCAGGGGAGCUGAGGGCGGUGCGGGGGGCUGCAAUGGCCCCCUGUGGCGAGUGACGCCAGCCGAUGUUGCCUCUCGACCCUCCGCCUGUCUCGUCAAUUUCCUGCUCAACGGUCGGUCCGUAACGCUAGAGGUGCCCAGGAAAGGCGGGGGUCGAUCAGCGUCACAUGUGUUAGCGGCGCAGGGCGGUGAGCUGUGGAUUGGUGCUUUGGGCGGCCGGACUCCGUAUGAGGACCCGCCAGCUCUUUCGGAAGGUGCCGGCGGACGGGUAACGGAUUACAGAAUAAAGGAGUUCGGCGCACUGAUGCAGCAGAACAAGUUGCUCCCACUUCGCGGACCAGGUUCAAACACGAAAUCUCGGGCGCGUUUGCAGAGGCAUACGACUUACUGGCCACUCACCAUAUCUUCCACACUCAUAUUUAAUUUGGGCUCGGUAAUUGAGCCGUUGACCCGCUUAGUAGUCCAGGAGACGUUAACAGAAGAUGAAGUGGACUCGUGCAGGGGUGUGCUGUUGUCCCUUCUAGGAAUGGAGUCGCGUCACGAAUUCCCGACUUCGCAAUUGCCUUCUAAUUUCAGAGGCAAGUCGUCCGGACGUCGCGAUGAGCAAUGGCGACAAGUGUGGGGGGAACUAGAAGCACUGAUACGCGCGCAUUCCGCUUCGCCCGCACACCGUGCUUUAUUGCGUACGCUGCUCGAAUGCCGGUCGCACAAUAAUCACAACACUGAGGGAGAAUCAUCGCGGGCGAGUGUCAUAAGGGCAACGACAGACUCGCCCCUUUCACCAGUCGGGGCCGGUAACGGUAACAGCAGUAGCGACGUAUGGGCGCCUCGGAAUGUUCUAGACACUCUCUUAGGAGCCCCGAGGCCACCUCGUAGGCCGGACUUCGCGGGACGUAUGGUAGCCGGAAGUCGCGUGGCCACACUUUAUCAACAUUUACAGCAGGAUGUGGAAACUCCACAUUGAUUUAAUUAACCAUGUGGGAACAAUUUUAAAUAAUAAUAAAAGUAUUUGUACAUAUUAUUGUGUCUAAACUAAUAGGUAUUACGAAAUAGAGUUCUGUUAUGAAUAAAUAAUUUUUUUCUAAUA